UGACAUUCAUGCACCAAAAUAGAGCAAAAUAAGAAACGAGUAACAUCAAAAAUAUAGUGCAAAAUUGUUUUUGUGCUUUAUUGAGAAAAAACGAGCAAAUAUGAAGAAAAAAUCAUCAAAGAAACAAAAGGCUCCAAAAAUAUCCCCGGAAGAACAGCUUGCGAUUAUUCAGCAUGAAGCAGAAGAAAAAUGGAAAACUGAACAACUAGAAUUGGCCGAGAAAAGCAACGUUGAACUAAAAGAAUACAACCAACGACGCGUUAUUCUAGUUGAUACGAACAAGUUUUUCAGAAAACUUGAAAAAGCCGCGGCCGAAACAUACCGCCAAAAGACUAGAGAUCAAGAAUGGGAGCAUUAUGUUAGCUGUAAGAGAACUCCCGACCCCGCUGAUGCUGCCGAGCUGAGAGAAUUUCUUUACCAUUGGAAUUAUGAGCUGGAACAGCAGGCAAAAGAUUUCGUAAGCUGGACGCUUAACGUGAACGAACGAAGCGUUCUGACUCAGGAUGAAGCCGACCCCGACGAAACGUGGAAAUGCCGUUUCGAUAAAUAUAAAGAUAUUGGAUCGUCAUAUCUUCCUGGAAUUCGGAAUGCGCUCGAAAUGCUCGCUCUUAUCGAAGAUUCGGCCCUGAAAAGCUUCUCGCAGAAGGAAGUCAUCAAGGUGCGGGAUGAGAUACGGAUGAAAAUUUCGCAUGUACUGGAUGAAAUAACGAUGCGAGUGGGAGGCAAUAUAUGGCGCGAUAUGAUACCAAUGGAUCCGAUUACGGCAGAAUUCAUGUUCACGUCGGAUAUCAUUAAUUUUUACCACUGGAGCUUCCAGCAUGUUCCGUUGCCUCCGGAAUACCACUACUUGGUAAAAUCGAUCGAAAUGAAGUCCGUUCCAAUGACAUUUCAGAAACCCCCAUCUUUCGACUUGAAGGACUGUUCAAUGCGUGGCAUGUGGACCCAGUUCGAUCACUAUUCCGAUUUAGAUCCAACGUAUCGGUGUCCGAUUUCGGAAACCAUUCCCGAUUUGAUUGCGUCCCAGGAAAUAGAGUGGGCAGAUAGGGCCCAGUUGAAAGAGCAAAAGUUGCAAGAAAUGAAGUCGGCCAGGAGGCUAUAUGAGGAAGAGAAGAAAAAGAAAGAACUCGAAGAGUUGGAAGCAGCCAAAGCUGGAAGUGCAAAUAAAACAUCUAAAAAGUCCGGAAACACAAAGACUGCUAAGAAAAAGAAAAAUAAAGCAAAAGAAAAGGCCACUACAAACGCACUAGAAGCUCCACCUCCUAUAAUAACUGAAACAACAUCUGUCGAUAUUGACGAAUUAUACAUAAUUCAAGAACAGCAAAAUUAUGAGCGAAAAAUGGAGCUUAUUGGUCCAAAAUCGAUGGAUUUAGAUAAUGAUUACGUAAACCUUAGACGCUACACCAUGAAUGGGGGAAUAUUUUCCAUCAAUUAUUUUAACAAGCUUCCUCAACCGUCAGAGAUCAGAUGUGAUUUCAUAUACUCCACUUUACCAGAAGGUCUCAAGCUAAUGGAGAAGACAUUUACAAGCCAGGAGUCUUCCGAGCUUAUAAUACUCAAAGUUAAACUUCCUGAGCAGUACUUCUGGUGGCACAGCCCGAUUGUAUGCUUUUGGGAGGUGUGGGAACAGAGCAGUGAGUUUCAAUCGUUGAGUGAAGAAUUACAAAAUUUUCAUUUGAACUAUGACGAAAUAAUGGAGGAGAAAUCUAAACAAUUCUUCAGUGCUUCAAAAAUUCAAAGACCAAUACUGAAGCCAACGGUUAUUCCGGAUUUUCCUAUUACUGACAUUCCGCUGGAUGUAAAAAUCCACUUUUUGAUUAAAGAUCACAUACUGCCGAGACUACCUCAACGAUUCAAAUUUCACGCAGAAAUGCACAAACAGUUUUCAUUAAUACAAAGUCUGUUCAUGCAAAAUCAGCGACUGAAAAUCGAGGAACAGCUGAACGAUUUGCUGAGUAAAAAGUUUCAGAAGCUAUUGACAGAAGGAUAUAGCAUUGGUGAACUUGAGCAACGCUUCAGAGUACCAAGUCUCUCUGAUGUUCCUGUUGGAAAAGAUAGCAUGGCUUCGUUGGUUGGUGCUUCAUUGAGCUCGGAAAUACAAACGCCAAUCGAACCGAUGCUGGAAGAGCUAAUUGAAGCGCAAUAUGCACCUGCUUAUUUGUUUCCACCAUGUCGAAAAAUACCGUUUUUGGUUAUAACUGAAAAAUAUAAAUUGGAACCUGUUGAUUUAGAACUUGACGAAAUGGCCCAAGAAAUUCUGGAAAGUGUUAUUUCGGAAGAUGAUUUCAGCUCCGAAUCUGUUUACAAAUUAUUCUCUACAUUUAUAAAAUUCCUCGACCGGUUACGUGAGCUGGAGCAACCCAUUUUUCCUGAAGUUAUUGAGCCUGAUGAAACCGAAGAAGAUUUUGAAAUACACCAAAUAAACAAACCAAGAAUUAUUUCUAGAGAUUCCACUCAUCGUCAUGCAUCAUGGAUCGAUCUGCCAGGUGCAAGAACUUCGAGAAGGUUAUCUUCUUUUUCAAUGGUAGGAACUUCACGACCGCUGUCCAGAAACUCUGUGCAGAUAACGAGGAAGAAACGGAAACGGCGUAAAUCAACAACUCUUCAAAGCACUUCUGACGUGUCAACGGAAGACGAACGUGAACUGAAAGCAACUGAUCCAGUGGAACUCACAAAACUGCCUCAUUCGCCGGGACGUUGGUCUACCAAAUUAGUACAUAAGCAGGAAUAUGAUCCUAUUUCAAGAACUGUCACCAUCUGGACAGAAAGGCUUGGAGUUUUCGGGUUUGCCAUGGAGAAGUAUUAUAACUUACCAUUCAAAGGAUGGGACUUAAGAAGAGUUGGGAAAAUAUCUGAUUUAACAACAAGAGUAACUCUAUAUUGCGUCGGUAUGCAGUUGAACAUAAACGUUACGAAGUCCGGGUACGCACUUGAAUUCCAAGCAAAUCCACAAGACAUAACUCCACCUUCGCAAGAACUUUCCUUAGACGAACUUGUCAAGUAUUUGAUCGGAAUCAACGUAAAUAUUUUUCCCGACGUGGACGCACCAUUCUAUGUCUCGGGUAUGACCACCCCAAAGCACGAAUCUAUGGAAAAUCACAGCUUGAAGUGCAUGUCUGCCUUCUGUUUAACUCACAACUUUUCGAACUGUUUCUGGAACCAAUAUGCACCCUUCAGGGAAGUCCUGUUUCAGAGCCGCCAAGUGAUCGAGGGUUGCCCUGAGCAGCAGCUCGUAACCGUCUUGGCGAGUCCUUUGAAAGCAGCUAUGGUGAGGGUGGAGGAGAUGUGCUCCCCAUUGGAUGAAGUUAUUUUGGCGUAUCACCCUACACCCGAAAAUCAAUCGUAUUAUCCCGAUGUGUACAGUCUGCUGAAAGACAAUCUAGAGGAUCCAUCACGAAAACUGUUUAUGAAAACUCCUGCUAUGCUGCAGUGGAAUGUUGCACAAAUUAUACAAAAACUUCAUCUGUUUAGCUAUAGUUAAAAUGAAUUUUCCGAAAAUUGUUCUAAAUGUUAGUUAUUAUCUGUUGAAAUACAG